AUGUUGUUUGGCGAGGAUUCGGAGCCGCCUUCGUCGCCGGAUGUGCGUUCUCCGGCGCAGUCUUCGUGGAAGCAAGAUUCUUCAAUAGAUAAAGUAGUUAGUGACGAAGGUGAGGCGGGGGGUGCGAAGAGGAAGCGUCGGGCGAAGGAGGGUGGUGGUACGCGGAAGCGGCGGAAGAAGGAAAGUAGUGACGAUGACGACGACCGUGACCGGUUGUUCAAAGAUUGGUUCCAAGCGGAGUCUCAGACGGCCUUAUCGGGGGUUGGUCCGGAGGAAGGGGGUGGUCGCAAGCGCAGGAAUAAAAAGGACUCUGAAGCGGAGGACUUGGAUUCGCUCUUCGUAAACGGAACGGAUGAGAACGCAGUUAGGGGUGAUUUGCAGGCUCGAGAAGAGGAGAUAAGACUUCGUAAAGAGCACUUCCUGCAUCAAUUAAAGAGGGACCAGCGUAUCCGAGACAAGGUGAGAAAACGGAAUGAACUUCUGACACUACGUACUGCUAUGGUACUUCUCAGCAAGGGCAUCCCUCGAUGGACUCGUGACUCCGUCGACUCUUUGCCCGAAUAUAAUGAAGAUUAUGCCCUUGUAGACUGGCCUCUGUAUGUGCGCACUGGCCAUCUCUUCGACACCACCAAUGCCAUCAAGACACUCUGGGUCAACUCCUGCGUGUUUCCUCCCGCCCGGGAAACCCUGCAGACUGACGCACCUGCCUCGGCCCCCGCACCUGCCUCUCAAGACCCGCCUUCCUCGCAACCCACACCCGAACCGCCUACCACCAGACCGCAGACUACUGGAACGCAGAUUACCGGAACGCAGAUUACCGGAACGCAGACUACCGGAACGCAGACUACCGGAACGCAGACUACCGGCAAACCCCCUUUCCCGUACCCUCCUGCCAAACAGCAACGAAUGGAGACACUUGUCAGCGACCGGGAUACUGGUGCUCGUGUUGACGCUCUGGAGCGCGAAUUGCGGCUCAAACGUCGGGCCAUCGUCGAGUGGGCACUACCCCAGAUCGGGACCUCCAGGCAAGCCGUUAUCAACAAACUACUCGAAACUUCCAACCUUGCCACCUACCCUCUCCCAGCCUGUCUCCUGGUGACUGACUCGCAUGGAAUCGAAAUCAAGCAGUUUGUGCGGCACUCGUUUGCGGAGGUGGCGGAGGAAAUUCUUUGUGGAGUGCGGGAGGCGGAAAGUGCGUCAGCGAGUGCCUCUGCCUCUGAGCACGACGAGGAGGGGGACGACGAAGGGGACGGUGACGGCAGCAGCGAAGACGACCUGGUGUCCGAAUCGGGCGACGGCGACCCGAAAGGUGAAGCCACGCAGGCGGCCGAGGAGACGAAGGCCGGCGAAGCCAUGAAGGCGGGCGAAGUGGCGAAGGCGGGUGAACCCAGGCAGACGGAGACGGGAGACGGCGAGCCAGCGGCCGGUGCCAUCAUGGCCCGGCGACCCGGACGGCACCCGAAGACGGGUGUCUUCUGUUCAGACUCGGAGGGGGGAAUCGAACGCGUUUCUCGCGACCAAGGCUUGAUCGGCGGACAGAAGGAGGCAGAGAUAGAGCUAGCGGGGAAGGAUGUAUCGGUGGAGGAGGUAUCGGGGGAGGAGGUAUCGGGGGAGGAGGUAUCGGGGGAGGAGGUAUCGGGGGAGGAGGAAGUGGAAGCACGGGGGCAAGACGCAGUUGAGGAGGAAGCGGAAGCACAGGCGGUGGCGGAGCGCGAGACGCAGAGGCGCGCGGCGGCGGAGCGGUUGAAGAGGCGGAUGCGUGAGGCGCUUGCGGCAGACGCCCGGGUUGGUGGUGCCCGAGGGUCGGGAGGGCGUUUCGUGGAGAGCGACGUGGAGGUUGAGGAUGGGGAUGGGAAAGGGGGUGGUUCGGAGGAUGUGUCUGAUGGUGAGGUGGAUGAGGUGUUGGGUAUGUUCGAGUUCGAUGAAGCGAAGAUCGCGGAAGAAGAAGGUGACGAAGCAGCGGCCGCUGCUUUAUUACGAGAACAGUUGGCCGAGAGGGACCAAGCGGUAUACGAUCGUCUCUUCAAACGACGGACAACGCGACUGGAUGGGGAAGAGACGUCUGGUGGUAUGUCGGUUGCUGGAGUGAACGUGCGCAGACGUGAUGAAACUGAAAUUAGCAUUGGCCGGGACUGGGGUCGGGAAUUGGACUGGAAGAUGAAUGAAGACGGCGCAGACCCCCUUAGGAGUGGAGGAGACGGAUGUGCUGCAGACGGGUAUGUUGGAGCCGACUAUGACGAAGAUAGCGAGACGAGUGCGCGGGAAAUUGACGAAACUAACAUCAAGAUACGAUGCACCACUGCGGAAGCAAACAAAGCCAUUGACCUCAACGCCUACGUGGUCAAGGAGGGCGAGGAACUAGACCUACUCCAACGCAUCCUCAAUUCAGAAGCAUGA